AUCCGCCCCGCCGCGGCUGCCUGAGGGGCACCGGCUUCAGCGCACCCGUGGGCCUGCAGCGUCCCUGGGCCUCUGCUCCGCCCAGGCCGCCUGUGGCUGGACGGAGGCAUGAGCCCGCGGCUACGUGGUGGGGCCCGGUAGCACGCCGUUGGACGGGAGUGCGCGCCCACACAUGGUGUGGCCCCGCGGUCACCAGAACAGCCCGGGCCGCCAGCAUGACGAAGCUGUUGGUGGCCAAAAUCCUCUGCAUGGUGGGCGUGUUCUUGUUCAUGCUGCUGGGCUCCCUGCUCCCCGUGAAGAUCAUCCAGACGGAUUUUGAGAAGGCCCAUCGCUCCAAAAAGAUCCUCUCGCUCUGCAACACCUUUGGAGGUGGGGUCUUUCUGGCCACGUGCUUCAAUGCUCUCCUGCCGGCCGUGAGGGAGAAGCUGCAGAAAGUCCUGAGUCUCGGGCACAUCAGCACCGACUACCCGCUGGCCGAGACCAUCGCGAUGCUGGGUUUCUUCGUGACCGUCUUCCUGGAGCAGGUCAUCUUGACCUUCCGCAAGGAGAAGCCGUCCUUCAUCGACCUGGAGACCUUCAACGCCGGCUCGGACGCGGGCAGUGACUCGGAGUACGAGAGCCCCUUCAUGGGCGGCGCGCGGGGCCACGCGCUCUACGCGGAGCCGCACGCGCACGCGCACGGGCUGAGCGUCCAGGAGCUGUCGCGCUCCAGCCCGCUGCGGCUCCUGAGCCUGGUGUUCGCGCUGUCCGCGCACUCCAUCUUCGAGGGCCUGGCCCUGGGCCUGCAGGAGGACGGGGAGAAGGUGGUGAGCCUGUUCGUGGGGGUGGCCAUCCACGAGACGCUGGUGGCCGUAGCCCUGGGCAUCAGCAUGGCCAGGAGCGCCAUGGUCCUGAGGGACGCGGCCAAGCUGGCCGUCACCGUCAGCGCCAUGAUCCCCCUGGGCAUCGGCAUCGGCCUGGGCAUCGAGAGUGCCCGGGGGGUGCCCAGCAGCGUGGCCUCGGUGCUGCUGCAGGGCCUGGCGGGCGGCACCUUCCUCUUUGUCACCUUCUUCGAGAUCCUGGCCAAGGAGCUGGAGGAGAAGAGCGACCGUCUGCUCAAAGUCCUCUUCCUGGUGCUGGGCUACGCCGUCCUGGCCGGCAUGGUCUUCCUCAAGUGGUGAACGGCCCGUCGCCCGCCCGCCGGACGCAGGCGCCCCCCCAGCCCCCUCCCCCCAAGCGGGGGAGCACAGGCCCCCAGCGGCCACCUGUGCCCAGAGGGGCUGCGCCCUGGAUCCAACACCCUCAGCCCGGGGCACAGCGACUACGUUUAAAAAUACUUCUCUUAAAAUUAUUUCACAAAGCUGUGUGGCUUUGGGUCAUGCCCGUCACGCCCCGGCAUGGAGAGCCGAGGACGCCCGCAGGGGGCGGGGCGCGCAGCCCGCUGGGCUUGGGCUGGGACCCUGCCCUCCCCCCCACUCCUGCCUGUGGACAGGACAGGACCCCGGCUGCUCCGGGCCACCGAGCCCAUCCAGAGGCUGGAGACUCCUGGCCUCCUCCCCCAGCUGACUCUGCCGUGGGCCGUCACACAGCGUCACACAGGGUCACACAGGAGAGCUCUAACUCCUGCCACUGAGCCAGUGCCUCCAGGGGGACGACGGGUGGGCUGCCAGGCACCUCAGCACUUCCCUCUUCUGCUUUGCCCCCCACACACACACACUUGGGGGACCCGAAAGGUGCGCAGGCUGGGGUCCAGGGGCAGCUGGGCCGUUGGUUCUCAGCCCGCCAUCCCCGGGGCUGUGGGGCAGGGGCCACGCUGUGAAUCACCCCCCCGUCCUGUGCCCCCCACCGCAGACACACUGACGGUGCCAGAAGCUGCCUCAGGGGCGCAGGAGCACAGGGCGCGUGUGGCGCUGGCCCCAACCCUGCGCACCGGCUCCCUGGUGACCUUCUGUUCAACUCACCUGUUGUCUCAGCAACCCCCACGCGGGCCUCCAGGGAUGGGAGGCUGUGCCGAGAGCCUUUCCCGGGGGAUUUUGCCAUCAGGAGUGCUCCAGGGGGAGUGUGGGCUGGUGGCCUGGGCUGGGCGGUGGCAGCCGCAGCCUCUCCAGCUCCGUCAGGGACGCUCGGCCGUAGCGUAGCAGGCAUGAGGGCCCAGGUGCACGCGCCUUCCCAGUGCCCUGAGUCCCUUCCUCUGCCUCGCUCCAGGCCUGCAGGGUCCCCCAAGCACAGGCCCCUUCUGAUCCGGGCCCUGGGCUUGGUGGGGCUUCUGGUCCCCGGCUCCAGCCCUGUGGGCACCCCUGGGGGCUGCUGCUGGUGCUCAGCCCCUCCCAGCACAAGCAACCAACCUUUGCCAGCACCCCGGCCUUGUGCAGUUCUGCUACAAGAGGCCAGGAGAGCGGGGAUGUGUGUCUGAGGGCCUGUCACUGCAGAACUCUCAGGCCUGUUGCCGGAAACUUCUGUCUGGCUUGUCCUGGGAACCCAUCUCCAAACCCUACAUGGCCUGACCCUGUCCCCGUGCUGGGAAGGCGACCCGCAUGGGUGUGGGGACACUAUCCUUUCCAUUGUGUCCUAAAGCCAGUGGCGUCAGCCUUGGCAUGCCCCCCCCCCCGGUCACUCCACCCAGGAGGUGGAAGUUUCUACCCACUCAGCCUCUUCCCCGACCGGGCAGGUCACCAUGGGGCCACCAGGUUGUGAGCCUGCCUUCAUCUGGGCCAGGGUCGUCUCUGCUCCUGGGACCCCUGCUCCAGACUCCCUGUGGCUUCCAAAAGCACACGCACCACAGGGUCCCUCCCCUGCUGCCAGCCCUCAGCAGCCUGGGGAUCUGGCCGGGGGCACCCCAGCCGAACCACCUCCUGUCGCCCCCACUGAUGUCUCCAAGGCCCUGUCCCCCUCACGCUGAGCACACUCCCUGACCAGUGGGCCCGGGAAGGGCAGUACCACACCAGCAAGGAGCCUUGGGUCAUAGGAAGACCCAGGGUUCCCUCUGCGGGCCCCUCAGACCUCACCACCUCAGAUUCUCUCCAUCUGCUGGGCCGUGGCUGCUCCCGGCUGACGUGCUCUCCCUAGGGUCCCACCGGCUCCAGCAAGCUGUUUGCAGGACCCCGGAGGACGCUGGGACCCUGAGAGGUUUGAGGGGGCUGUGUUGGAGAAGAUGCAGGCUGCCGCAGCAGCCCCCCCAGGCCCCUCCUGACUACCCCUCCUGUCUUCUGUGGCCAGCGGAGCAAGGGUCAGCCCUGGGACCUGCUUCCAGAAGCUGCCGCAGUUGGCCAGCAGUGGGGGUGACCGUGUCUUGGUUCUGGUCAGUUUUCCCUACAUUGCGUGCGGAUCAGACCAUCUCUGCCCUGAGCUAAGAACAGUGGCUGUUUUGCCUCCAACUGAAGCCCGGAGGAGAGCGCCCACUCCCGCGGUUUCCUGGGCUCUGGUGGCCAGGUCCGGCCUAGACAAGGCUCUUCUGAGGCCUGCGCUGGCUCCAUCCCCGCCACCCGGGCAGGAGCAGCUCUCCCGUGGCUAAGGCUGCGGCUGAUCACCAGCUGGCCCCAGACCAGCCCCUGCACAAAACUGGACAGGAGUCUCAGAAGGCCAUCCGUGUGCAACCUGGUGACACUGAGGAAAUGCCAUGUCGCCUGCUGCUGCAGAGGUCCCUGUCUUUGGGAGGUCUUCUGCUCACUCCGCGGUUCCCAGUAGGGGGGAUCCCCUAGGGCGCUCCAGGCGGUGUCUGAGGAUGGCCGUGGUGGUCACACUGGGGUGUCACUACUCUGAUUCAUGGGAAGGGACAGUGGGUUCCAUGCAGAGGCUGGUUGGCGCUGAGAUCCUGUGUGCGUGUCGGAGACAGAGGAGGGGGCGCUCGGCAAGGGCCAGAGCUGCAGCCAGAAGCCAGGGUGCCCAGCGAGCGCUCCAAGCCAAGCCCUCCGCACAGAACACCGAGCAGCAGCUCCGCCAGCACGGACGUGGCGGGUCAAGGCCAGCCACACCCACCCACUCCGCCUAGCUUCUCCCCUCCCCCACUGGGGGUCCUGGGCGGGCAGGAGGAGGGGUGCCUGGGCUGGGGACACCAUUGAGAGCUCUGCCGGGAGGAGAGUUACCCCGGGACUGUCUCCCGUCAUCAGCCAAGGCCACCAGAGCGUCUUCCUCCAGCAGGAGGUCGCUGGCCCAGGCCUCAGCCCUCCCAGGUCUGCUCUGCACGGGGGUUCAGGGCACGGGCACCAGCUGGAUGGAGUCAGCCAUAUUCCCCUCCUUGAUCUGGAGACAAAGGGGGAAAUUACGAGGCGGCACCCAGGCCUCGUGGAUUGAAUCAACCUUAAUAACAGUGUGUCGGGG